AAAGCAUGAGCUUUUUAUUCAAUUUUGUCAAUAAUUGACAUUUGCGAAUAAUAAUUAAUACAAAUAAUGCCAGUUUCAUUAGACUCGGAUCCUGUAGAAGAAAUGCUCAAAAAAACUGGUUGCAUUGAGCUGCAUUAUAAAGUACAAGAGUGUAUUGCAGAAACUGGCGACUGGCGCAGUUGUCAAGACAGGGUGAAAGAUUUCAAACAGUGUAUGCAGAAAUACAUUGACCAGCAAUCACAGAAAUAUUCGCAUAUUAAAUAAACUAUAUUAACAUA